AUGGAAAGCAGUCGUUUCGACAAACGCGUGCACGCUGUGCUUUUGCCACCUUGCGCUAUCACCUACACGAACGGACUGAUAAAAGCGUGCUCGCAUAUCUCCAAUCAGGAUGAAGACACGAGCACCGCAGCCUCUGGCUCGGCCGGAGACACCAAUCUCAACGUUCCAGAAAACGCGACUAGCUCAAAGAAUACAGUGAAUCAGCAUUCUAAUGCAGCAGCGAGUACUUCGCAGCCCAUCUCCAUUCCGCAUAUAACAAAACCAUCCUCAUCAUCUGACCCACUCAGUGAUCUACAGG